AUGCCACGGAGCGAUGCACUCAGAUGCAGUGGGAGCGAGCGGCACCCGGGCCAGUGCCCCGUGGAGGUGCUGGGGCAGCCCGCCUGCCCCCCCGGGCACACUGCAGCCGUCAACUGCUCAGGUGUCGCCGAGCCCCUGCGGCUGCACGGUGGGGAGAGCCGUUGUGACGGGCGCCUGGAGGUGGCCGUGCGCCCCGGAGUCUGGGCCCGUGUGCCUGUGGGGCUGUGGGACAACGGCACUGCCACCGUGGUGUGCUGGCAGCUGGGCUGCGGUGUGCCUGAGAAAAUCCAUGCUGCGCCGGCCAAUGGCUCGGGCCCCAUAGAGCUGCAGGAGCUGCGCUGUGUUGGCACUGAGGAGCUCCUGGCACAGUGCAAUGCAACACGGAUGGCCGCAGAGCCCAGCAAGAACCCCGAGGAGUUGGCCAUCGCAUGCUCAGGAAGCAAGCAGCUGAGGCUGGUGGGCAGCCGCGGGCGCUGUGCUGGUAGGGUGGAGGUGUACAGCGAGGGCACCUGGGGCACCAUCUGCCAGGACUCCUGGACCCUGCAGGAUGCCACCGUCGUCUGCCGCCAGCUGGGCUGCGGAAGGGCCCUGGAGGCUCCCGGCUCCGAGCGCUUUGGGCCUGGCACUGGGACGCUGUGGCUGGGUGCUGGGGGCUGCGCUGGGACAGAGGAUGCUCUCUGGCACUGCCCGGCCCCAGUGCAGCGCGGCUGCCGGCGUGGCGGCGGUGCGGGCGCCGUGUGCUCAGGGCUGCUGGACCUGCGGCUGAUGGGGGGAAGCAGCAGAUGCAGUGGGCACCUGGAGGUGCUGCAUGAGGGGACGUGGGGUCGUGUUUGCGCCAAUGGCACCAGCCCUGCCACGGCCUCUGCCAUCUGCCGCCAGCUGGGAUGUGGCACAGCGGGGAGUCUGACAGACAACCCUGCAGAGGGCUCCAAGCCUGCCUGGCUGAGCUGGGUGAGGUGUGAGGAGGGGGCCCGCUCGCUAUGGCGCUGCCCCUCGGCACCCUGGCAGCUGCAGGAAUGCGGCCCCACCGGGAUCACACACAUCACGUGUGAGGAGGACAGCAGGGACAGCAGUGAGGCCACCAGCCCAGCCCCAGCUCUCACCCACAGCGCUGUCCCGCUGACUGCAGCACCGAGGAGUGUGUCAGCACUCACGGUGCUGUGUGUGCUCCUGGGGACGCUGCUCUGCGUGGCCCUGGCCGCCCUGGCCGUGCAGGCACACCGCACACAGGCACACUGCCAAGGUGGGCAUCACUAUGGGGGUUCCCCAACACGGGGCAGCACCGCGGGGACAUCGGGCACUCGGGUGCCAUGCAUGCUGCCUUGCAGGCCCCAGCAAGGAUGCUGCCUCCGAGGCUGUGUAUGAGGAGCUGGACUACAGCCUGAUGCCAGAGUACCAGGAGGUGCCCAGCCACACAGGUUCCCUAUCCCAGGGCUCAGGGAGAAAACUGUCCAAUCACAGUGGGGACGGUGCAGAGGACAGUGACCUCCAGGUGUCCCCAGACCCCCCUGCCCAGCCCCAGCACAGCUCCUCGCAUGGCUACGACAACGUUAUGGCUGUGCCGCAGGUGUCCCCCUCUCCCCAGCCCGGGGAUGCCCCGGCACAGCCCCCCGAGGACAUGGGCUAUGACGACGUUGUUGUCUGCACCCUGGGGACGUCGCUGUGAGCAGGCCCCGGGGACAUGGCUGGGACAGGGACCUCUGUCCCCAAGACGCCGUGGCAGCAUCACCGCUCCCUCUUCAGUGCUGCAUGUAACAGCAGCAAACUGCUCGGUUCUCCUUCCUGCAGCCGGGACAGAACAGCUCAACAGCUUUUUUGUAAUUGUCUUCUUGUAGCUCCCUCCUUAUGUGUAUCUCUUUUAACAAACAUUAAAAGCCCAGAACUCUGCAGAAACUCACUUGCAUUCUUGGCUCCUCCACCUGAGUCCGUCAGCCAUCCCCCGGGGCUGUGGGGCAAAGCUGGAUUUCAGAGACAUCCCCAUGGGCUCUGGGCGCUGCCCACAGUGACAGCAGCUGACAGAGGUGAGGUGGGAUGGCUCCCGUGAGCGCUGCGCUGCAGUGGAAGGACAAGGAGGGCCGCGUGUCCCCACAGGCACA